GUUAAUUUGUCUGCUGCAGUCAUUUAAAGACACAGCGUCGUUUCAAAGAGAAUAAGAAAAACAACAAACGUCAGACGUUAAAAAACGACCGAGCCCCGCAGAGUUAUAUUUAUUGGCAGGCGUGGACAAUAAAAAAAAAGCUACUAAACAGAAUCCCGUGUGCUGCCAUGGACAGUGUGAAGAUGGAAUCUGUCCAGAUUAAAGAGGAGCUCCCUGAACUUGAACUUAUCCCCAUUAUAGUGGAGUUCUCUGGGCUGGCUUCCCUCCCCAUUAAACAAGAGCUCUGUGAGAUGCAAUGUGACAGCAGUCAGCCAGAGGACUCUGAGGUUAAAGCUGAGCACAAUGAAUUGGAGAUCCCCCAGACAGAAGAACCCCUUCCUGUGAAACAAGAAGAGGUGCUGGAAACUGUCCGUAUUAAACAGGAGCCCCCUGAAGUAGAGUUUGACCACAUGGAACCAGUGAAAGAAGAAUCUGAGGACUUCAAACCAAACAUCCCUGAGCUGGAGCCUGUACACCUGCGGGAGUGUAGCGUGGUGCUGGAGAGAAUCUGCGUGAGAGAGCAAGGUGCUGGAGAGGAAGGCUCUCCCAACAGCAUGCAAGGAGGUGGAAAGGAAGACGGGCGCUCCCAUUCAGAAUGCAGUCUAGCAGGUUCCAGUCCAGCAGCUAAAGCGAGGGCGGGCGGUGGAGAAUAUCCUGACUGUGGGAAAGGUUUCACCCAGUUAGGAAACCUGAAAAGACAGCAGCGGAUUCACACAGGAGAGAAACUGUAUCACUGUGCUGACUGUGGGAAGAGUUUCAGAGUUUCAGGAAAGCUGAAAACACACCAGCGAAUUCAUACAGGAGAGAAACCGUAUCACUGCUCUGAGUGUGGGAAGAGUUUCAGAGUUUCAGGAAAACUGAAAACACACCAGCGAAUUCAUACAGGAGAGAAACCAUAUUGCUGCUCUGACUGUGGGAAGAGUUUCAGGCAUGCAGACUCCCUGAAAAAACACCAGCGAAUUCAUACAGGAGAGAAACCGUAUCGCUGCUCUGACUGUGGGAAGAGAUUCAGUCAGUUAAGUAACCUGAAAACACACCAGCUAACUCACACUGGAGAGAAACCGCAUCGCUGCUCUGACUGUGGGAAUAGUUUUGGUCGGUUAAGUAACCUGAAAACACACCAGCUAACUCACACCGGAGAGAAACCGCAUCGCUGCUCUGACUGUGGGAAUAGUUUCAGUGUGUUACAAAACCUUCAAACACACCAGCGAAUUCACACUGGAGAUAAAACGUAUCGCUGCUCUGACUGUGGGAAGAGUUUCAGCAAGUUAGGACAUCUUCAAACACACCAGCGAAUUCACCCUGGAGACAAACCCUAAGGACCAUGUUCAUUCAGAAAGAAACAUUACCUUACAUCAGCGCUCCAGAGAAGGUUUUGGGUCUGGGAGUAACUUACCAUCUAAUUUUAACACUGAGAGUAAAAUGAAUUUUCAGGGGGUAAAAUGCAACAUUACCUUGAAGUCCUGAGUAAUCUCGAUAAAUACUGUACAAUCUUUGAUGCUAAUGUGCAGGCAUUAAAAAAAAAAGCCUUCCAUUUUAACUGCAAUGUUUCUUUUGAACUACGGUACAAACACAGUUCUACAAGGUUCUUUAUCGGCUCAGUGCAUUUUUUCCCAGGUAUCACACUGACUCUGCAAAUUAAUUAUGUUACAUUUUAACAUUAACCUCUUCUGCGCUACGGCAUACCUUGCACGUCAUAAAAAGUACUUUCCCUGUGCUACGGAUAGGAGUGUUGCGAUAUGACGAUAAAGAUAAUCGCGAUAUGCAUUCUAAUGAUUAUUCUAUCGUCAGUAGUUUCAAAUAUCGCAGUAAUUUUAUAUUUAUGAUUUUACACACUGAGAGACGCAUCAACUAUACAGAAUGCAAAAAACUACAAUAGCAACAUCCAGGAGAUGGCGAUAAUGAACCUUCCACUGGGUUUAAUACAGCCAGAAAAAUCAACAAGAGCAGGGCACAACAAAUAUGGAAGAUAGCGAGAACGACAGAAACUAACUUUCCUCCUAAAAAACAGAUAUAAUCAGUUAUCUGGGAUCAUUCUGGUUUUUAAAAAAGACGAUGGUCAGGUUAUUGAAGAGGGAGGGCCACUUUGUAAAUUGUCGAGCUGUUCUUUCAAAGACCAGCAACACGACGAACAUGUUCACACAUUUAGAUCACCACCAAGCUCUUUAUAAAGAAGCAACAUUGGUAAGGAACACAGUGUUUAUUAAAAACAGUCUUAAGUAAAACCAAUUGCAUGUAUAAUAAUAAUCCUAAUGCGUUUUAAGUAUUCCCGUUUUAUGAUUAAAAACGAAAAUUAUAUAUUUUCAUCUACAUAGCUUAAGUAGGACAAACAUUUUAACACUAUUUAAAACACACAAGGAUAUAGUGAGUGUGGUGUGACUCAAACAGGAACGUCAAUACAUCUGUCUGCUCCCUAAACUCUCAGAGCACACUGUCCUUGCAGCUGUUUUCUAAUUAUUUAUUUCCAACUAAAUAUUAGCAUUUUCAAACAUUAAUUUAAUUCACGUCUAUCAUUUUGUUGAUGUACAGGUCAUCAGUAAAGUCAUAAAACCCCCUGGGUUCUGACUGUAAGGAGAGGCUCACCACAGCUGGUCUGUAUUGACAUUUUUUCUAUGUGUUCAUUUUCAUAUGCUCAAUUACUGGUACUGGAGUAAAACUAGGCUGACGUAACCAGCUCCAUUUAGAAAUGCGUUUAACCCAUUAAUAGUGUAGCUAUUGGAUUUGGGAAUAAGACAUUUAACACCCUUGAAAUCAGACUAACAAUUAUGAGAAACACCCAAACUAAUCUGGUAAAAAACAAAACAAAAGACAUUUAAAAAAAUAAAAAAUACGGACCAAUCUUGAUUAAAAUGGCACUUUAGUUUAUCUACUGUAAUUGAUACUUAUGUUUUGUAGAUGUUUAAAAAUGGUUCUGAGUUCUGUAUUUAAAAUAUUGAGUGUUUUGUAAAUAUCUGUUGUAUUAAGCACCGUAUUUUUUUCAAUUUGGUUUAUAAUGUUGUAAAACAUUUUUUAGCUUAAUAAGUAGUUCACAUUUUUUGUAGUUCUUUGUAAAAUAUCGUGCUGUAUCGCACUUAUCGUGAUAAUACCCCACAGAAUAAUCGUCUCAGAGAAUUUUCAUAUCGUGGUAUACCUGUUACGUUAUGAUUAAAAACAAGGUUUAAAAAAUAUGGAUUGCUGUUUUUUCACUCGGGGUCGCUCAUCGAGGAGUUAUUACACAACAUAUUAAUGUCAUUAUAUUACACAGAUAAAAUAUAUUUGAUGUGACGCAGUUGUUAAAUGUAAUUUACAGCCUGUUUGAAUGCAAUCUUGCUGUUUGAAUGCAUCUUUGGCUUGCACUGGAAACAUCCAGAAUGAAUUUAAAACAACCUGUGUGUAACUUUUGUUUUCUUUUCAAUGAGGAUUGAUAAUAAAAAAAGUUUACCUUUUGAUUAGUAGCUGUUUUAUCGAGCUGUGCUUCAUGAUAUCAGCUUUGAAGUUACAUACGACUAUUUGUCUAUGUCUUGUUUUGUUCAUGUGACAGAGAGGAAGAUACUUCCUGCUCCUGACUGUCACCGUAUGACACCAUUGUAAUGCACCGAGCGUGUGGGAGCUACUGUAUCAUCGUGUGACACCAUUGUAAUGUACAGAGCGUGUGGGAGCUACUGUAUCAUCGUGUGACACCAUUGUAAUGCACCGAGCGUGUGGGAGCUACUGUAUCAUCGUGUGACACCAUUGUAAUGCACCGAGCGUGUGGGAGCUACUGUAUCAUCGUGUGACACCAUUGUAAUGUACAGAGUGUGUGGGAGCUACUGUAUCAUCGUGUGACACUAUUGUAAUGUACAGAGCGUGUGGGAGCUACUGUAUCAUCGUGUGACACCAUUGUAAUGCACCGAGCGUGUGGGAGCUACUGUAUCAUCGUGUGACACCAUUGUAAUGUACAGAGUGUGUGGGAGCUACUGUAUCAUCGUGUGACACCAUUGUAAUGUACAGAGUGUGUGGGAGCUACUGUAUCAUCGUGUGACACCAUUGUAAUGCACCGAGCGUGUGGGAGCUACUGUAUCAUCGUGUGACACCAUUGUAAUGUACAGAGUGUGUGGGAGCUACUGUAUCAUCGUGUGACACCAUUGUAAUGCACCGAGCGUGUGGGAGCUACUGUAUCAUCGUGUGACACCAUUGUAAUGUACAGAGCGUGUGGGAGCUACUGUAUCAUCGUGUGAAACCAUUGUAAUGUACAGAGCGUGUGGGAGCUACUGUAUCAUCGUGUGACACCAUUGUAAUGUACAGAGUGUGUGGGAGCUACUGUAUCAUCGUGUGACACCAUUGUAAUGCACCGAGCGUGUGGGAGCUACUGUAUCAUCGUGUGACACCAUUGUAAUGUACAGAGUGUGUGGGAGCUACUGUAUCAUCGUGUGACACCAUUGUAAUGCACAGAGUGUGUGGGAGCUACUGUAUCAUCGUGUGACACCAUUGUAAUGUACAGAGUGUGUGGGAGCUACUGUAUCAUCGUGUGACACCAUUGUAAUGCACCGAGCGUGUGGGAGCUACUGUAUCAUCGUGUGACACCAUUGUAAUGCACAGAGUGUGUGGGAGCUACUGUAUCAUCGUGUGACACCAUUGUAAUGUACAGAGUGUGUGGGAGCUACUGUAUCAUCGUGUGACACCAUUGUAAUGCACUGAGCGUGUGGGAGCUACUGUAUCAUCGUGUGACACCAUUGUAAUGCACAGAGUGUGUGGGAGCUACUGUAUCAUCGUGUGACACCAUUGUAAUGCACCGAGCGUGUGGGAGCUACUGUAUCAUCGUGUGACACCAUUGUAAUGUACAGAGCGUGUGGGAGCUACUGUAUCAUCGUGUGACACCAUUGUAAUGUACAGAGUGUGUGGGAGCUACUGUAUCAUCGUGUGACACCAUUGUAAUGCACCGAGCGUGUGGGAGCUACUGUAUCAUCGUGUGACACCAUUGUAAUGCACGA